CCGGGCAGCGCUCGGUGCCUGCAGUGCCGGGCGGAGGCUGCGGGCGCCGCUGUUGACCGAGAGGAGCGAGAGGAAGCUCGGAGCGCUGCAGCCCCGCCCGCUGCGGACCCGCUCGAUCGCUCGCUCGCUCCCUGCCCGAACCUGCGGCCAGCGAUCGUCCCCGCGGUGCUGGUCCGUUCUGGAGCCAGGCGGAGGGGCCAGCGGCAGCGCACGGUGCAGGAGCUGACAGCCUUGAGUGAUAGCGGGACUGGAUCGGCGGUGCUGCGGUGCCGGCGGUUCCGCUGCGGAGAUGUGCGCGGCGGGGAGGCGCUGGGGCCGGCGGCAGCGAGCUCUGCUCGGGGCCGUCCUGCUGGCGGCGUGGCAGGCGGCGUGGGGGCAGCUGCGCUACUCGGUGCCCGAGGAGAUGCCCAAGGGCUCGUUCGUGGGCGACGUGGCCAAGGACCUGGGGCUGCACCUGACGGAGAUCAGCGAUAAUGCCAUCCGCGUUGUCUCCGAAAGUAGUACGCAGUAUUUUGCUCUGCAUGGGAAGACGGGACAUUUAGUGACAUCGGAGAGGAUCGACAGAGAGCAGCUGUGCGAGAGUGUUCAGCAAUGCGUGCUGCGCUGUGAACUCAUAGUAGAGGGGGAUAUGAAGUUCUAUGGAAUAGAAGUGGAAAUUGUGGAUAUAAACGACAACGCACCGAGCUUUCAAGAGGCAGAUACGGAUCUGAGACUGAGCGAGACGACAGCCCCAGGAUCGCGGUUUCCCCUGCCAGACGCCCAUGAUCCUGACUCGGGCCGGAAUUCCCUGCAGAGCUACGAGCUGAGCGGCGACGAGCACUUCUCGCUGGCCGUGCAGGCGGGCCCCGGCGGCGAUCAGCGUCCCGAGCUGGUGCUGGCCAAGGCGCUGGACCGGGAGGAGGCGGCGUUUCACGAGCUGGUGCUGAGGGCGAUGGACGGCGGCGAUCCGGCACGGACGGGCACGGCUCGGAUCCGCGUGACCGUGGUGGACGCGAACGACAACGCGCCCGUGUUCAGCCAGGCGGAGUACACGGUGCGAGUGCCCGAGGACGUGCCCGUGGGCUCCACCCUUGUCACCGUCACGGCCACCGACGAGGAUGAGGGGCUGAAUGGGCAUGUGAAAUACUCUUUAAAAAAAAAAAAGAGUUCAUCGCAGAUAUUCCAUCUGGACUCUGAGACGGGAGCAAUCACUCUGGGACAAAGCCUGGACUUCGAGAAGGGCUAUGCAUAUGAGCUGGAUCUACAGGCAUAUGAUGGUGGGGCUCUUUUUGAUUCAGCAAAAGUUGUGAUCACCGUGACAGACGUCAACGACAACGCACCCGAGAUUUCUGUGCGGUCUGCAUUAGGCGAGAUAUUGGAAGACGCCCCCUCGGGAACUGUCGUGGCCCUUUUGUACGUGCACGACCGGGACUCGGGGGUGAACGGUGAGGUGCGCUGCUCGAUAGACAAAGAGGUUCCGUUUCGGCUGGAGAGCUCUCACG